UGCUCUUUGUCUUCUGGAGGGGCUGAAAGAGUUAAUGUCUCAAACAUUGUGGUGGGGCAAGUUCUGCUUAACGACUAAUUCUGCAUAACAAGGAACUCUGCAGCAAGGAACCCCAGGUGAAAAGAAGCUGAUCAGUGCCCAUCAGCAACGGGAGGGGGAAGGUGUGCCGGAGGGUGCACAUGUCCGUGCUCUGAUAAUGCUGUUUUGGACAGGCUGAACAGGGCAGCUCACCGUGCAUGGCCAAAGAUCACAUCUGCAGGGAGGGGGAAGUUACUCCCCAAAUGACACCCAAGCCCACGGACCUAUUCCCCAAAGGCUACCUAAUUAGCCUAAUGAGUUUGAGCGCCUGCCCGAAGGAGGGGCAAGGAUGAUAAAAGGACACAAACUGAAGCCCCAGGUGUGCAAGCCCACCAGAAUGGGACUGCUUGGCUGAUUGAACCAACGCUGGACCCAGGACCGGUGAAAUCUUUCUCUCUUCCUUUUUUUCUCUCUGUCUUGUUCUCUCUUUCCUUUUCCUUUUCCACAAUCCCUACACCUCAUCCCUUUAGACAUAAACCAUUGACCAAGUCUGGGACUAGGAGCGGAUCCAGCCGCCCCUGGGCCCUUCUCUAAGGAGGAGUCUAGAAAGCAAGGGGGUCUGCUCUGAACCUCGUGACUCAAUGGGAGGGCUCCCCUUAUUGACUUCCCUGACCUGAUUCCCAAAUAAGCAAGGCUUGUAGUAUAUGUUUGGUGAUGUAUGGUUAGCACAUGUUACACAGUUUACUGUGUGUCACACCAAUUUUUGUGGUGAGCAUGCCAAUUCUUGUUGUGAGCGAAUAAAAGUUGAGUUUUGUGAGUUGAAGGAUCCCCGGUGUCGUUUCACCUUAAUCCUGACCUGGGAAUCGGCAAACCUGAGUCAUCGUCCUGAGAAAUUGGGACGUGACAGAGGCGUGUGGCCUCGCUCUGCUCGUGCAUUUGAGAGAGAGAACCAGGAGGGAUUUGGGUCCAUAUGGUCUCUCAUGGCUUACUGGUAGCGGAGAUGUGACCUGCUGAGUACAUCUCAGACCUCUUUGGUCCAGACCGCUGCAGUUUGGGUUCUUCUUGAAAGGCAGGCUUUGUGGGUGGCAUAAAGAUGUUUGUCCUGAUCACAGUGGAUGCGUGAAACUUCAAGUUUGAUUUUUAGGAAUAAGUGUGUUUCUGAAGGCAAGACAAUCUACUCAAUUGUGGCCUUUAUCGCUCUGAAGUAGUGAUGGGUUUGAGCAGGUCGGGCCAGGACUAGGCUGAACCUUACUUGUGCGUCUCUGCAAGCCGAGCUCUGUCAGUAGGACGCAUCCAUCCCAUCUAAACUCUUUACAGAGACAAACAUCAUUGGCCCGGUAGGUAUGGGCAUGGCAGAGGGUUUUGCUGGUCUGCCUUCUCAAGCUCUAACUAGUUACUCUUCUUUUCAUCCAGUGCUGUCUUAAACCAGGAGCUCAGUACGUCGAGAGAUGGAGGUGCCCAGCCGUCUGCUUUUCCGCAGGCAAUACUGGAGAGUUCUUCUCUCUAGAUGUCUAGCCUGAUUAGCAUCAAAUCUCUGAGAAGGGAACCACGGAGCAGGAGUUGAGCCGGACACCGGGAGGAAUAGAGGAGCAGCUUCACAAGAGACAGAGUGAGUUAGUAAGGAAUGCAAAAUAUACCCUUCGCAGGUGCUACAGCCGCGUGAAGGAGCACGGUGUUGGGAAGAGGAAAAGCAGCUACACAUUUGAACAGCUGGAGCAGGUGUUUGGGCAGGGAGGAUGGGACUCCCAGCCCUGCCAGCCCGUCCUCAUCAACAGCAGCGGCUUGUAUCAGGAGCUGGAGUCAGACGGCAGCACGAUGGAGGAGUAUUCGCAGGAGGACUGGGGAAACCACAGUCAGGAUCUUCAUUGCUACCAGACCGGCGAACAGGAAUUGGAUGAAAUGCCUACCACAAAAAGAACAUUAAAGAUAAAACAGGAAUCUUCAGAAGACACGCAGAAGCGUGACGUCAUGCAGAAUAUUAUGCAAAUCUUGGAGUCGGUCCAGUUGAAGUGGGAGCUGUUUCAGAGCUGGACGGACUUCUCCAGGCUACAUCUUUCUAACAAACUGGCCAUUUUUGGCAUCGGUUACAACACCCGCUGGAAGGAGGAUAUUCGUUACCACUACGCGGAGAUCAGCUCGCAGGUACCCCUCGGCAAGCGGCUCCGGGAAUAUUUCAACUCGGAAAAACCGGAGGGUCGGGUUAUCAUGACCAGAGUGCAGAAAAUGAACUGGAAAAACGUUUAUUACAAAUUCCUGGAGAUCACCAUCAGCGAAGCCAGAUGCCUCGAGCUGCACAUGGAGAUCGACUGGAUACCCAUCGCUCACUCCAAACCCACCGGAGGAAACAUCGUUCAGUAUUUAUUACCGGGAGGGAUCCCCAAAAGCCCCGGCUUGUACGCCAUCGGUUACGAAGAGUGCCACGAGAAACCCCCCUCCCCUCUUGCCGAGCACAGGGGGCCCGAUCCUGGCAAUGAGACUCAAGGGGAGCUGGAGGUCCCUUCACCGCAAGCCUCCCUCCGGGUGGAUAUGGAAUCCGCCCGGAUUAUCUACUGUUACCUCGGCAUUGCCGAGGUCCGGACUCUCCAGCAGUGCCUGUUUUUACACUUUCAGGCAAACACCAAAACCUUCAGCAAAGAUUGGGUCGGGAUCAACGCCUUUUUAUCUCAGAACUGUGUCGUAGAGCCCGGCGUGUCGCCCAAAUCCAUCUACAUCAAAUUUGUGGAAGUGGAGAGGGAUUUUCUUUCCGCCGGCUCUUUGGUAGAGUGCCUGGAAAAAGCCAUCGGAUACCCCUUAAAAUUUAACAACUGAGUCUCGUCCUUCAUAAGGAUUAGGGCUUUCCGCCCCUUUUUUCCAUCUCGCUACCAGACGUUUUCGGAUCCUGUCUGUUCACAGCCGGGCAAGUCGGACUUUUCUGCCUGGAAACGAGUUUUGGGGUGAUAAAGAGGCUCGUGGGGCGCUUUCUACAAGCUCAUCCCCAGCAAGCGAGCAUGUCCCGGCUCUCUUGCCGGACGGACCGGCCGGUUUUCCUACCGGAGUGGCGCGGCGAGGAGAAGCCCCCGGCCCGUGAAACGACUGUAGGUACAUUCCACAUCGGACGAGCACGUACAUGUGGCGUUUUCAUAUGAGAAGCUGGGGUUUUUUUGGUUUUUCUUUAUUCCACGGUGUCUCAUUUUUACACAUCCGUCUCUCAAGUGUUAUUAUGGAUCUGAAUAAAUAAGCAAUAGAUAACGGCAAGUUAAACGUUGAAUCACAUUAAAGGAGACUGUUUUUCAAAGCCACCCUUAGAUACUAUUGUAUAUAAUUUAGAACUUCACUUUUUUCACCCAUCAAGUGUUCUCCUCUCUCCAAACAGUGUUGCCUGCAAAAAGACUUUGGUUUCUGUGAUGUAUUCCACUUUACUAGUAGCGUUGCCAUAUCUGCUUUUAUUUUAUUUUAUUUUUUAACAUUAAAAUAAUUCCUGGCCUUUUUA